ACACGCCCACAGGCUCCCCCUUCUACUACAUUUCCGCAAAGUUUUCUCCCCGCAGCAUCAGACACGCUUCAAAUUAUUGAGGAUUCGCUGAAGUUGUUUGACGCUAAACUUAAGCAAAAUGAGCGAGAUCAAAGCGGAAGAAGUGGACGCAGCUGAAACCAGCGGAGAGGAGAAGGACUGGGCAGAGGCCAAAGCUUUCUUUGACAACCUCAAAACCAACAAACCGAGACCUCCCAAACCCCGGUUUGCUGUCACCAUCGCUGUCUCCUCUCGCACCCUCUUCAACAUGGUGGCAGAGAGGAAGAUCUAUGAGGAGGAGGGAGUGGAGAAGUAUGUGGCCUAUCAGGUGGAGCACGAGAACGAGCCCCUGAAGCCAGGAGCUGCUUUCCCUUUCGUCAAGGCGCUGAUGAAUGUCAACUCUCGACUGAGGGAGCUCUACCCCGACAGCGAGCAGCUGUUUGACAUCGUUUUAAUGACCAACAACCAUGCUCAAGUUGGAGUGCGUCUCAUAAACAGCAUUAAUCAUUACGAUUUGACCAUCGAGAGAUUCUGUAUGACUGGAGGACAGAGCCCAAUAGGUUACCUGAAGGCCUACAUGACUAAUCUGUACCUCUCUAAAGACUCAGAGAAAGUCACAGAGGCCAUAGAGGAAGGAAUUGCUGCAGCGACGAUGUUUACACCGCAGACGGAGAUAGACCUGAGCAGCACUCAGCUGAGGGUGGCGUUUGAUGGCGACGCCGUCCUCUUCUCAGAUGAGUCGGAGAUCAUUGUGAAGAAACACGGCCUGGACACUUUCUUUGAGCACGAGAAGGAGUUCGAGAACAAGCCUCUGGCUCAGGGCCCGCUGAAGUGCUUCUUAGAGGCCCUGGGAAAGCUCCAGAGAAAAUUCUAUGAGAAGGAUCAGCGUCUGGACUGCCCCAUCAGGACCUUCCUGGUCACAGCGCGCAGUGCCGCCAGCUCCGGGGCUCGCGUCCUCAAGACCCUCCGCAGCUGGGGCCUGGAGAUCGACGAGGCCCUCUUCCUGGCUGGUGCUCCCAAGGGGCCCCUGCUGCAGAAGAUCAAGCCUCACAUCUUCUUUGAUGACCAGAUGUUCCACAUCGAGGGGGCCAAGGAGCUGGGAACCAUAGCCGCCCAUGUCCCCUAUGGAAUCGGACAGAAGUACAACAGAAGCAAGCUCAUCGAGCAGCCUCCCAAAAAGGAGUAACUGAAGGGUGUUAACCAAGCACCAGAAAAUCACACAUUUACCCCAAAUUUGAUCAUAGAAGCCACGGUAAAAAAGCCCAAAACAAAAAAAAAACUGCGGCAUUUAAUAGAUUAUUAAGUUGACAAAUUGACAUUUUCUGAACAUUUAAAGAGGAUUUUUUUAGUAUAUUUUUAAGAGAGGGUAUAGUUACUGAUCACAAUUUCACAGCAGGAAUUACCUGAGGGACAUGGAGUCUUCAGUUUGUACUGUACUUCAUUUGUACCUUUUGAUAGUUGAGCAUUUUUGAAACAGCCCGUUUGCCCUGCGAUGGAUGGCUGACUUUGUCCAGGGUGUUCUUUGCCUUUGCACAUGUCCAUAGUCAGCUGGGGUCAGCUCCAGUCCACUGCGAUUCUGAUUUGGAUAAAGCAAGAUAUAAAAGGGAUUGAUGGCUAAAUGGAUGGAGAUAAAAAAAAAACACUGUAGUAAACAAAUGCUAGUAU